UUAUUUUUCAGACAUUUUCAAUAUUUUAAAUAAUUGAACGAUAUGUAGAUGGCAUUGUAUAUAACGGUUAGUUUGAAAUGUUUAAUUUUGAAUUUUUAUAUAAUAAUAUUUAAAGUUAAAAAAAUUUAUAUUGAAUUUACUUUAAAUUAAGUCAACAUAUUUAAUUUAAUAAAUGAUAAUUACAUUAUGACAAAGUUUGGUUAAGAUAUAUAACAAUAUUCAUUCCAAAUUGGUGACAAUUUUUAAUCGAUAGAGUACAUACGUUUAUUUAUAAAUAUUUACAUUUAAUAUUAAUUAUAUUGAUAUUAUAUAUAAAAUGAAUAUUGUCUGUGUAAUAUGUAGUGAUUUAUUAAUACCUUCUGAUGAUGUUUUUUAUACACCAUGUGGACAUAUUUUUCAUUUUGCUUGUGUAACUCAAUGGUUAGAAAGAUCCAAAACUUGUCCACAUUGUAGAGAAAGGACUACACUCAAUAAGAUUCAUAGAAUAUAUUUUAAUUUUGCCAAUAAUGAUGCUAUUAAUGAAGAUACAUACUCUUUACAAGACAAAAUUGACAAAUUAAAUUUUCAACUUAUGUUAAAAGAGAAAGAUAUUAAGCAUUAUACAGAAAAGAUUGAAACAUUAGAAAAACAAAAAAAAGGAUUAAAACAAGAAGUAGGAAAAACAGAGAAAGAAAUAAAAGAGAAGACUAGCACUAUUUAUGCUCUUAAAGAACAAAUUAAAUAUUUUAAAGAGCAAAAUUUAGAAAUUGAAAAAAUAAAAAAAGAAAUGGAGCAAUUACAAAAAAAUGUUGAAAAUUAUAAAAAUAUAAAAAUGUUAAUUGAAGCUUCAAUAGAAGACGUAGAUGAGAUGAUAUCAAGAACAAAUGAUCCUAGUACAUUGAUUACAUAUAUAUCUGUGAUGAAAAGACAAAUGACAAUUAGUUUAAAUAAAAGAAGAGAAUUAAGAAGUAAUCUAAGAAGUUUACAACAAGAACUUACUAAAGUCUCAAUGGAACGAAAUUCCUUAUCUCAGGAAUAUAGCAAGAGAAUGAAACUCGAAGAAGAUAUAAUGGUUUGUGAAACUGAAAAAAUUUGUUUACAAAAUAAGCUUGCAAAAAUGGAAGAAGAAAUAUCUUUAAUGAAAAAAUCAAUAAACUCUAAUUCAAAAACAGAAGAUAUUUUAAUUAAUAAUUUAAACAAUGAUAUUAAACAAGAUAAAAUUGAAGAUAUAAAUAAGACAAAAAGUAAAAAAGAAGAUGUAAAUUCAAAAGAGGAAAAUCAAUCUAUUACAAAAAUUGAAAUAGAUUCCCCAUAUCUUCCAGUAAAAUCAAGAGGAGUAUUUACUUUAAAGCAGCAUACAUUUCAGAAAAAUAAUAUAAUAAAAUUAAAUUCUUCAAUUCUUACAAAAAAACCAAGAAUUCAAGAAACAUAUACGAAAAAUGAAAAUAUAGAAAUUAAUAAUAUUGUGUAUAAUGGUUUGGGAGGACAUUCAAAAAUUGAACAAUUUCCUCAUCCUUCUAAAAGCAAAACAAAGAAAAUAAUAGAUACUGGAAAUAAAGCUAAAAAAUUAAAAAUUGAUUCAACUUAUAUUAUUAAUUAACAAUAACAUAUUAAUAAUUUAUAAUAUAUAUUUUGUAAAUAGUAUUUAAAAAAAAUAAAAGAAGAGUUACAUAGAUUAUAAUAUAUUUCAAGUAAGUUGUUAAAAAAUUAUGAAUUAUAAAAAUAUAUAUAAAACAUUAUUACUAUGUAUUUUUUAAAUGAAACAUUUAAUGUAUAAACUUAUAUAAUAUUUUUAUUACUAAUGUAAAUAAAUUAAAAGAAAUAUAUUUAAAAUUUGAAUUUGA